UGGUGGUGGUACUGGUGGUGGUGGUGUGACGUAGUGGUCGUCACAGUCACACACUCACUCUCCUGGGCUCAAUAUCUGCUCGUCAAGCUCACAAUAUUCUAGACUCUUCGGUAAACAUCGAUAACAUUACCAGACAUCCAAAUCAAAGGACUCUGAAUGGCAUCUGAGACCCAGAUUGGCAGCAGCGGGGUACCCCCAGGUCGACCACCUCCCCCGUACUACCCUAGUGCCCCACCUCCAUAUUGCCCUCCUGGUGUACAGCUUGCAGGGCCAGUGCCUGCUGGUGUGAUUCCCUACUGUGCCCCGCCUCCUGGAGCACCUUACAGCUCUCCUCCACCAGCUUAUCAAGAGGGAUACCCAACAGGUCAUCCACUUAGCUACCCUCCUUCUGGGCAAAUCCCUGCUCCACCAGUGUGCCAUGGGGGAAAUGCACUAUAUCCAGAUAUUUCCCAGUUGCCACAACCAGAGGCGGUGCCACUUGGGUUCACACAUCGCAGUGAAAGUAACUCUGGAACUCCAUUACAACCAGUGCUGAGCUCCCAACCUGCACCAGCAGCCCCAACUCAUGGAGCUCCUUCAUUUAUGGGCUCCCCAGGACCUGACCCCAUACCAUUAGGACAAGGACAGACUUCAGUGGGGGCAGAACAUGUACCCCCUGGCUGUGUGAUAGCAUGGAGGGGAGGAGAGGGCCUCAAAGUGUUCUUUGUUCAGCAAGAGGGACAUGUUGUCUCUCCCAAAAUACCUCUAAUGUUAAAUGUCUACAAGAAAAUUGGUGGUACUCCUUGUACAGAUGACAGUAACUUAAUGGGAAUGGUAGAGGUACCUGGCUGCUGGCAACUUGAACUUACAGGCAAGACCACCUAUGUUCUCCACUCAUCUGGGAAUGUUUACAUCUUUCAAGACAAGACUACUGGUUCCAAGCGAGCAGUAGUGCUUCAGCUCCCUAGUAAUGUCACCAAAACAAUGGAGGCUGACUUGUUGGCUUUAAUUAAUGAGCUAACUGAUUUGCGGAAUGAGGAAGAGGGUGUUGUUGACAAGAUUACAACUGGUGUUAGCACAGUAUACACAGAUAUUACGAAGAAGAUCAACACAGCAGUGAAAGAGACAGUUCCUGGAGCACACAAGAGCACAAAGUGGUUGAGAAAAGGCACAGGAAAUCUGGUGAGAAUGGGUGGUAACCUUGUGUCUAAAGGCAUGCACCUGAUUGCUGAUCAUGUACCAACAAGUGAACAGCCACAGGUGGAAGCUUAUGAAGACUCCCCAGUUCACACAGAACUGUUAGCAGCUCUGAAGCAGCUCAGUAAAAGCAAGGGAGAAGGUUCUAUCACUUAUACAUAAUUAGGUAACAGAAGGGGUUUUAACAAAACAGUUUAACACUGUUUUCACAAGACAUACCAUGUCAAAAUAAAGUGCAUAUCUAAAGAAAAACAUAGAUAACUACAACAAUAAUGCCAUAGUAAUUGUAAAUUGUUAGUAGAAUAAGAAGACCAGUUAGGAAGUGAUGAAUAUAGAUCUGAAUGUUAAUAGAAUCUGAAUUUUUUAUUAUGCAUUAAUCAAAUAAGAUAAUGCUAGUAGUUAAACAAUGUAGUGAUCUGUAAUAUAAAUCAUUUUAUAUUGUUAAUGUAUCUUGCAUAAGUAGUAGCAUAUUUAACAUAUACCAAAAAUCUUGAUUUUAUCUACAUUGUCUUUGUAAGUACAUUUAUUAUGGUUACAAGUUAUUAUAGGUGAUAUGUUUCUUCUUGAACCUAAAAUAAACUUGCUUUACUUAUGAACAAAUACUUGUAGUUGUAGUUUGCUUUUGAUGUUUAGAUAAUAUACUAUAUUUUUAACUUUAUAGCAAAGGCAAUUGGUAGUAUCUGAACAUUGUCUUUGGAGCUGCUUUUCACAAAAUUGUAAUUACUAACAUAUAGCACUCUUUACAGUAUAUAUCUUGAACACAACAGCUUAACAUCUGAUGAUCACUGUAUGCAUGGAACACAAUAAGUUAGCAUCUUUUCACUAUUUCUCAGACACCAGCUUAGCAUCAGCACCCCAUAAUCCCAGGAUAAAAUUAUACUGCACACAAGAGUGAAACAAAUUGUAACUGUUAUGUGCAGUACUGUAACCCCCUGUUUGUAUUGCUGUACUACAACCUUACACGUUUCUAUAACCCCUACAUGUUGUUUUAUAAUGCCUGCAUGUAGUACUACGACAAUGUACUUCUUCACCUCUUACAUGUAUAGUAAAUUAUACCCAAACAUCACAGUUAAAGCUAGGAUUAAUGGAAAAAAAAGAGGUUCAUAUUAUUUUAGUUCAAGAUCUAAGAUUGCAGAUAAUGAACUAAAUUGAUAUAAAGAUUAAUGUCAUCUGCAGUAUAUUUAUGCUACUGAUAUUACUCAGUUGCACUACCAUUAGAAAAAACAUGCCCCAAUGUAAUGUGUAAAUAAAUUUUUUGGCUUAAGAAAUUAGCUAAAAUGUUUACUCAGAAAUAUAUAUUAUUUUAAGCUUUAUUUAAAAAAUUCAUUCUGUACAUACAUUUUAUACCUGGAUAUCAUAAUUUGUAUGUUUAAAAACUUGGGUUUAAUGAAAGGUAGUAAUCUCAAUCUGUUGUUAAUUCUCAUUAUUUUUAUACACUACUUAAUAAGGAACAUGUAAAUAAAAUCAAAGGGUGAUUCAAUAUUGGGUUUGGAUAGUGUAGCCCCCUGUUUAAUUAAUUUAAAAAAAAAGGGGAGGGGGAGGGCAGUUAUUUACUUCCACUAAAGCAAUUAAAAAAAAAAAUAGGUGGACUUCUACCAAAAUUUAACUCUUCCAUGAAUGUGGUGGUGGUAAAAAUAAAUAAUUGCCAUAUAA